CCGGUGUUGUGCGUGCGUAGUGUACAGUCGGCCGAACGUUUUGUCGAAAAAUAGAAAAAAUGCCACCCGCCCCGUCUGGUAAGGCGGUCAAGAAGGCCGGUAAGGCCCAGAAAAAUGUUCGUGCUUCGGAUAAAAAAAAGAAGAAGCGCAGGAGGAAGGAGUCUUUCUCGAUCUACAUUUACAAAGUGCUUAAGCAGGUCCACCCGGACACCGGCAUCUCAUCCAAGGCGAUGUCGAUCAUGAAUUCGUUCGUGAACGAUAUCUUCGAAAGGAUCGCUGCCGAAGCGUCCCGCCUCUCACACUACAACAAAAGGUCGACCAUCACGUCGAGGGAGGUCCAGACCGCCGUCAGGCUGCUGCUUCCUGGUGAGCUGGCCAAGCACGCCGUUUCCGAGGGGACCAAAGCGGUCACCAAGUACACUUCGUCCAAGUAAAUACUCGGUCGUCGUAGGAUCGUCGAGAAAUCAAGAAAUCUUGAUGCUGAUGAAACAACUGCAAGCUAUACUAUGGCUCUGUUAUGAGGCCAUAC